AUGAGUUACACCAAGAAGGAGACUGCUCGGGUAGGUAGGGAGCACCAACUGUACACCAAGGAUAAUCUGAGACUUGUUGCAGGAGGCAUUGUCCUCGAUGGAACACAUGAGAAAGUGCUGAUGAUUUCUUCUGCAAAACACCCGGAUAAAUGGAUAAUUCCAAAAGGUGGCAUUGAGGAUGAUGAAGUUGAAGAUUAUGGCACUGCUGCGUUGAGAGAGGUUUGGGAGGAAGCAGGUGCUGAUUGCGAGAUAGUCAAAAAAAUAGGACAGUACAAAGACCACCGGUUAGAGAAGAAUAGUACCGAUAUCGGUGAGUGGGCACUCUGCGAGUUUCACUUUUACCAAAUGAAAUUAAAACAACUUGCAAUAGAGUGGCCCGAGUCUAGCACAAGACUGCGGAGGUGGUGUGACUAUUCCGAAGCAAAACAUGAGUUGCUCAAGUCAAAAAGACCGGAGUUGUUGUUAGCUUUGAAUGAUUCGGACAUUGUCAAAAAUGUUGACCUGUUGGAAUACGAACACUCUAAUUUGAAGGAUACACAAUUAGACAAUGACGAUCAGUAUGAGAACAUAUGA